AUGCAACAAGCCAUUGUUGUCGUUCCUGAGAAGUUGCAGCACGUAGCUACCGCCUGUCAAGGGUCGCGGUCCCCGCCAGCUCCCCGCCUCGCCGCCAGCCGCCGCCGCACCAGCACCACCACAGCGCGGUCGACCCCACCCCCGCCCAGGGGGGGGGGUCCACCACCACCAUCCACGCGCCAGGAGCGCGGUGAUCGCCUCGUCGAGGGCUGCGACCACGCUCUCGCCCACGGCCUGCCCGGCCGCGGCCGCGGGCGUCACCAGCAGGCUCUCCAGCGCGCGGACGACCCACGCCGAGCCGUUGAACGCCGCCGGGUCCUCGGUGAAGUUCAUGAUGAACGGUUGGAGGAUCACAAAUUUCGACUGAGAACAAAGUGGAAAUAUCUUCGAGACCAGUUCGCAGCGGAAUUUCAGAAGAACUUGUCUGCACGAUCUGACGAUCCCACGCAGAAAGAAGGAUUUGGGCCCAAUCAGCACAUAUUUCACACGAGUAUUAGAAGUCUGAAAGUCAAGGACGAGUUUAUGAAUCAAGAAUUAGAAGAAACAUCAAGUAAAGCAAAAUUGGAUCGAAUUAAUGGGGUCUUUCCAUCUGAAAUCUUCUUGGUACUUGUAAUAAGCCAGCCAAUAGAGAACGUUGAGCAGACCAAAGGAAGCCGGGAAAAAGAUGCGGGCGGCGCGGUCGAUGUGCGACACGCUGUUGACGUAGCGGCUGGCUCUGGCCGCGUGGGCUGCCGCCCGCUGCCUCUGGCGGCGGUACUCGUCGUCGCCCAUCAGGCAGUACAGCAGCUGGCGGCCCUUGGGCACGUGUCGCUCGGUCUGCGUGUGGCGCGUGACACGCGCGCGGGGGUGGGCGGGCGGCGACGGGCGCGACAGGCCAUAGAUCCUUUUGUUUGUGAAAAUGAAUUUGAUACACCUGGUAUAAUGCUCUACGUCUAUUACAAUGAAAUUCUUCAAAAGAAACAAAUGUUUCAGAAAGCUUCAGAGCAUCUUCGAAGGAAUCGGCUAAGAAUUAUACUAAUCAAUUUAUCGCGCCGAGAGGAAUCUAAUGUGCUCUUGAUCACCUCCGAAGGUGCUUUGGUUAAAAAAAAUACAGGCUCUUCUUUAUUGAUCUAUCCAGAAAAGGAAAAAAGGAAGAAGAAGAAUGAGAACAUGAGCACCCCACCAGGGGGCGAGGCGCGUCGAUUGACUCCUCAUUUGCCUCGAGUGUACUUCCCUCUCGGGGUAGAAACUCACCAUGUCAAGUUCUGA